AUGAACAGUGCAAGGGAGUUGAAGAUAGUAACGGAAUGUGGAAGACAAGAUCUUUAUAAGAAAAUUAGAGAAAUUAAAGGAAAAUUUCAGGCAAAAAUUGGAAUGAUAAAAGAUAGAAAUGGGAAAGAUCUGAGUGAAGCAGAGGAUGUUAAGGAAAGAUGGGCAGAAUAUGUAGAAGACCUAUACAAGAAAGAACUGCAUAAUGACAGGGUUCCUACUGCUGAUGUUAAUGUUAAUUUAGAACUAGAGCCAGAUAUUUUGGAGAGCAAAAUUCAGUGGGCCCUUGAAAAUAUGGCUGAUAACAAAACUAGUGGACAUGAUGAAAUACCAGCAGAAUUGUUUAAAGUCACUGGAAAGGAUGCAAUUUAUCUACAGCAUUUGAUGUUAUUGAUCAUAAAAUACUGCUUGGCAAACUGUACUGCUAUGGAGUCCAUGGCACUGCUCAUAUGUGGUUAA